AUGGGUAAAUUAUGGCUUUAUGGCCUCGAUGCCAGUCCUCCGACUCGUGCCUGCCUGCUUACACUCAAAGCUUUGGAACUACCCUUUGAGUAUGUCCAGGUAAAUCUGUUUGCCAGUGAACAUCUCACCGAGGACUACAUGAAGAAGAAUCCCCAGCACACGGUUCCCAUGUUACAAGACAAUGAAAGCUAUAUGUGGGACUCGCAUGCCAUUAUGGCCUAUCUGGUAAGGAAAUAUGCGGCCACCGAUGAGCUCUAUCCUCGUGAUUUGUUGCAACGCGCCAAAGUCGAUCAGCGUUUACAUUUCGAGUCGGGAGUCAUUUUCGAGGGAGCUCUGAGACGAAUCACCAGACCUCUGUUGUUCUAUGGAGCCAAUACAAUCGAGCAGGCCAAGGUGGAUCAUGUCGAUGAGGUCUACAAUUUUGUGGAAACCUUCCUUGAGGGCCAAGAUUACAUAGCCGGAGAUCAUUUGACCAUUGCUGAUUUCAGUGUAGUAUCGACCAUAACCUCGAUUGGAGUCUACCUCGAGUUGGACACGGCCAAGUAUCCGAAGAUAGCCGCUUGGCUGGAGCGACUAAAAGAGUUGCCAUACUACGAAGAGGCCAAUGGCAAGGGGGCCAAGCAAUUUGUGGAUCUACUCAAGUCAAAGAAUUUCACAAUUGUUGCCUAAAGAGAGAUUAAAAGCUUCGCAGGCUAACAGAAGAGAAAAAACACACGACACCAAAGAGACACGUCAUUUUAGAUUUUUAUUGCCUUGUCAUCAUAACACAGCAAAAGCUCUCUUCCGAAUCGAAGAGAAAUUAGCCGCUUGUCUCCUAUAUAAAGCACCAAGCUUGCUCACAGCUUAAACUAGUAGCUCCCUUAAUUCCACAACCGCAACAACGACACAUACCAUGG